ACAAAAAAAAUUAAAAAAUAAAAUAAAAUAACUAAAUAGAGACAACACCCUCCACACUGACGACGACGACGACCACCCGCCAUAGCCAUGGCCACCGAUCCAAGCAAAGACGACGACAACAACAACAACAACCAGAAUCCGGUAAAACUUUCUAAGAAGGAGAAGGGUAAAUCAUGCAAAGGUACCCUUUACUAUUCCUCGGCCCUCCAAUCCAAAGCCAAGAACCCUCGCUGCAUCGGCAUUCCCCGCUCUCUUCCCCAAGUGCCUAACUCAAUAAAAGAUGAGCAGCAGCAGUUUCAUGAUUUUUACUAUGCCUGUGCCGGUUACUCGGUCUACUUGGAUCAAAAAUCUGGAAAGGAAUCUUCGGGUGAUAAGCAAACGCCAGCAAAAUUACCUGUUUGUGUCGGCUUGGAGCUUCUAGUUGGCAGAAAAGCUCCUGCUAGUGCACCUGCUGUCACUCCUACCGCGGCUCAUGCUCUCAACAAAGAGGAUGCUCGUGAAGUCUGUCAACCUCAGAGACCUAAACCCAUUCAACCUGCAGGGAAUGAUUUCUUGACUAGGUUCUCAAGAAAUGCAGAUCUAGUCGCAUUAGGGGUUUGGAAGAACAUGGGUAAAGUUGGGAACUACUUGAAAGCCAGUGUUUCUGAUAUUUUGUACCCCUACAGAGGGCGACCAAAGUAAGCUGUCUUUCCGAUGAUAUCAGAUGCAUGGGUGAGAAUUGAGAAGUACUCUAGAAGCAGGAAUCGAGUUUGUUCCAACCUAUGCUUGAUUGAGACUUUGAUUGAAGCAAUAGGAAUGUUAGUGUGGCUGAUAGACCUGGAGGGACUUGAUUUAUUGCAUCUGUUUGAAAAAUAAUCAAUGACCGAUUGUUAUGCGUCUGGGCUGUGGAGGGGAUGGGUAAUAAGAGGGGGUCUUUGAUGUAUUAAGUUAUCAAAAGUGCUAUUUGCUGUUAUUGAUACUGUUGUGAAGAAUAUAUGUUGCCAGAAAGACAAAGUGUGUGACCAGAAUUUAACUUGUGACUGUCCUUACCAGUUAUUGCAAUCUUUGACGUUUCAUCAAAGGAUUGAUGAGUUUCCACAGACUGGUAGAUACUGAAAAGAUGGAUGUUCAUUACUUCCUUUAAUCGUACAUCGAGAACAAUGGCAUAAGGUUCAUAUGUGAUUAAUUAUCCAAACUCGAACAGACUCGUCGAUCUGCAUAUGCAAGUAUGUAACAUGCAUGCAUCUUGUUAAAUGUUAAUAAAUUCAC